AAUGAACGACCCUGAUCAUCCCUCGGUCAUAUAAAAACAGCACCGUCUCCUCCAACAAAACCCGUUCAAAACUGUUGAAGCCCUUCCACUCUCCAUCAGAGAUGCUGAAGACGGUGGGCUUUCUCCUCCUCCUGUCUCUCUCCUUGGGUCUUGCAGGUCAAGAUUCAGUCAAGCUCAUCAACCUCUACGACCCACCUCAUCUCUUCCAUCCCUCCCUCACAUACACCAAUGUCCCCGUGUAUAUCUCCCUCAGGAAUACAGACAUAUAUACACUCUCAUCCACCCCUUCAAUGGCAAAAACCUGGCUAAAAACCCAUAUCCCAACAGCACCAAAACCCACAACCAUUGUAGUUGGGAAAGGCCUUCUCUGCAUAAAAAACCACCAGAAUCAAUGGGGUUUGGUUUUACCCACAAUGAAAAACAUGGACCAUGCUAUCAAGAAUCUGGGCCUAGAUAAACACAUCAAAGUCUCAGCUGCUUUUUCCAAUGACUGCUUAGAUAGAGAUGGUUCCAUGCUCAAACCAUUGCUAGAUUUUUUGAAAAGUUCCAACACCCAAUAUUUGAUAGACCCACCACCCCAUUUUUCAUCUUCCUUGAAUGAAAUCAUCAGCUUAGUUUCUUCCCAUGAAAACCACAUCAAAACCCUUGGAUUCUCCAUGAGUGGCAUUAACGUAAUUAUCUCCCACUUUAGAGAAAACCCAAUUAAGAGAAAGCUCUCUUUUACAGAGCCAUACCCAGAAAGGCCCACCCCACAACCAGUUCAGGGCCCACCAUCACCUAUCCAUUCAUCCGUUGGUUUCUCUGCUCCAUCUGAGGAAAACCCAAUUCCACCAUCACCCCAAAUUGUGGCCACAUCACCUGGUGGAUCCUUCUCCUUUGCGCCAGAUGGCCCGCCGAUUGUAGUCCCCGGGAACCCACCCGAUGUAUCGAUAGAGGGCCCGCCCUGCUUGGCGGCAGGGCCUGCACCAGAUGCUCGGGACAGAGGGGAGGAGAGAGGACUAUGGUGUGUGGCUAAGCCGAGCGUGCCAUCAGAUGUGUUGCAGGAAUCAAUGGAUUAUGCAUGUGGGGAGGGUGGGGCUGAUUGUGAGGAAAUUGGGCCACAUGGGAGCUGUUAUUCCCCUGAUACAAUGGUGGCCCAUGCUUCUUAUGCUUUCAAUAGCUACUGGCAAAAGAACAAGAAGAGUGGUGGGACAUGCAGCUUUGGUGGGACGGCCAUGAUCAUCAAUGCUGACCCAAGCUUUCUCCACUGUCGGUUUCUUCUACUAUAAGGUGUGGUGAAGGGAGAGACUCCAGAGCUGAAAGAUUUCAUGUGAUGUUAGGUCACAGAAUGUCCAUCUUCAGGUAGGAAGUAGAAACUUCUUUAAUUUCUAUUGGGAUUUGGAUCUUUGUUUUUUUAAUUACAACAAGAACAUGGUCAGACUCUCAAAUUGAUGUACAUGAAAAUUUCAUUGCCCAUCAACGGCCUCUGGCCAUACACGUGGCAUUUGAGUCCACUGAUAGAGAUUUCUCUUAGUGGAUUAAUCUCAACUACAACUAAUUAAUGGGACAUUUCUGACAUUGAGCUA